CGCGGGCGGCCCUGGGGGGCGCGGGGGCGAGGGCCCCGUGGGCAGCACGGCCUAUGUCGUGUGUGGGGUCAUCAGCUUCGCCCUGGCCGUCGGCGUCGGCGCCAAGGUGGCCUUCAGCAAGGCGUCGCGUGCGCCCAGGGCGCACCGGGAGAUCAACGUGCCCAGGGCUCUGGUGGACAUACUGCGGCAUCAAGGGGGUCCUGGGACCCGCCCAGACCGAGCCCGAAGCAGCUCCCUGACCCCGGGGAUCGGGGGUCCCGACAGCAUGGGCCCCAGGACACCCAAAAACCUCUACAACACCAUGAAGCCAUCCAACCUCGAUAACCUGCACCACAACUACCUGCACCUCAACGUCAGCAGCCCCACGCACCACGCUGCCACGCUGGACUGGCGCGCGGUGCCCCCACCCAGCCCCCCGCUGCACUACUCCACGCUGUCCUGCUCCCGGUCCUUCCACAACCUCUCGCACCUGCCCCCCUCCUACGAGGCGGCCGUGAAGUCGGAGCUGAGCCGGUACUCCUCCCUCAAGAGGCUGGCCCGCCUGGGCCGCCGAGGGCGGGGGGACGCUGGCGCGCCGCGCGCCCUUCCAGCGCCAGGGCACCCUGGAGCAGCUGCAGUUCAUCCCCGGCCACCACCUGCCGCAGCACCUGCGCACCGCCAGCAAGAACGAGGUGACCGUGUGACCCCCGCUGCCGGACGUCGCCGAGGAGGGGGCUGCCCGCCAGGCGGGGGCCUGACCUGCCAGGUCCCUGCGGGGAGGACGCCGC